CUCCUAUCUUCGAGUGCGCGGCGGUGUCUUUUGUUUUCGGUGUGUGCUUGUUUAUGUUAAUCCGAUAUAUUUAUAUAUUCACGAAUCAGCCGAAUUGCAGAAUUAGCAAUAAAUUUGGCAAAUUUAUCGGGUUUAAGAAGCGUGAGACCCGAGAGAAAUGAGUGUGCAGCACAAGUGAAGAAGUGAUCAUCGCGGGAAGUGGCAGUUAAAGGGUCAAACCGGUUUUUCGGACAGCAGCCAUGGAGCUGCCUCCAGCAGCAGCAACAACAACAAAUUCCUCGGCAUCCUUGCAACGUGUCGCCUCCGAGUCGAGUCUCGGCGAGGAUCCAGGAGCUCGUAGCCACGAUCAGGCGAUGGGGCCUACUCCUGGUCAACUGGGUGGGCAUCACUACCACUACAUACAGUAUCCAGCUCACUUCCAGCCGCUGCAUCACCAGGAGCAACUCCAGCAGCAGCAGUUACAGCCACAGCUUCCCUGCCAAUGUCCCUGCUCCUGCGGCCGGGCGCCUCCUCCACCGUCCAACCAGAACCAGAAUGCCUCAAUGGCGGUUGCCGUGCUGGUGCAUCAGCAGACACCCAGUCAACAGGAGCUGCCGGCGAGAAGCUCUCCCCUUAAGGCCCAGUCCGCCCAAUCCCUGCUCAAUCACUCCUACCAGGCGCUGCACGACGAUCAGCACCAUCAGGAACAACUCCAGCUGCAACUGGACACGUCUGCUGGAGCCGGAAGUUGCGACUGCGAUCUGGAAUGCACAUGCCCGGCCAGUGGGGGCAACUCUUCGCUGGCCCAGCAUAAGAGAAGCCUCCUGGCGGACGCCAUGCUCGGCGCCGACGAGAUUACGGUCAGUGAGUCCGACAACAACAGCACCAUGAUCAAGAAAAAAAAGCCGCGAUCUGGCGGAGGUGCAGGACAGCUUCCGCCGAAGACACAGCCCACGGGUGAUAGUUGCAACGAUAUAUACCAUGAUACGGAGCUGGAUGGCGUAGGUCCAGUGCCGCCCACUUCUGGCGCGGGAAUUAAAUCCCAGAUCCUGGACGACAAUCGACCACCGCUGCCGCCACGUCCUCCGCCCAGGCCAAGGAGCAAUGCAAAUGGUUCUAUAGCCCAUCGCCAUGGAGCUGGGAUCAAGAAGUAUGUGGUGUGGUGCCUCAUCUGCGGCGGAUUCAGCUGCCUACUGGGAGUGCUCUUUUUGGGCGUCUAUUUCCUGCUCCACUCCUACACCAUCACGGUGGGUAACUUCGAGACGGUUCCUACCUUUGUGCCCGCCACCCUGCUCAUUCUCACUGGAAUCUGCAUCAUGAGCCUGGCGCGGCGUCGGAAUCGCUAUAGUUACUUGAUCAAGCUAUCUGGAGCCUGCGGAUUGGUUUCCGCUCUGACCUGCGCUUUGGUCACUGUGACCACCACUGUGCUCCACAUGAGUCGUCUGCAGGCCUUGAGGGAGUGCGAAUAUGCCCAAAAGACCCGCACAUGUACGUGCUACUCGGAUCUCAUCGAGUCCCAGGUGGAUCGUGUGGAUAAGGAAGGCGUGCGCUUGGUGUUCGAUUCUCUUUCGGAUUGUGGCGUGGUCCAUGGAUCCCUGUACUCCUGCCUGAGGGCCAUCUUUGGUCUGUCCGUUGCCGGAGUCCUCAUCGCCGUCUUCAGCUGCAUGCUGGUGUACCAGCUGCUCAGCCACGAGCGGAAGAAGAUGUACUGGGAGCAGCUGGAGCUGCGCUGUCGCUCCCUAUAUGCCAGUCAGGCACCUCCUCCCUCUAUGGGUCCGGGCCGAAUGCUGAAUUGCCGAUGUUGCGAGCAGUGUCACGCCCACAGGCAGCUGACCCUGCCGCUGCAGGCCACCGCCUAUCCAUGGGAUGAAGCAACAGUGGCGGCGGCAGCAGCGGCUGCAGCUGGAGGAGGAGGCGGAGGAGAGCAGCGCUUCUGGACCGCUCAGCCACCGGGAAACUUCUACUCGCCAAAUCCCGGCGGUGAUGAUGCAGUGGGAGGCUGCCGGGGCGGCGAAAGAGGAGCUGGAGGAACAGGCGGCGGACGGAGCAGCAGUGGCUGGAGCUGGCCUCGGAUGCCCUGGCAACGCACCACUCCUGAUGCAGGACGACGCUUUCGGCAGGCGGCCGCCAGUCCAGACUCGCAGUAUGGCUUCAGUUCGUCCGCAGCGGCGGCCCAGGGUGAUGGCAACCAAAUGCUGAUCGACGAGCCAGUUGUGGCAGCCGCCUAUAGUGGAAUGCCGCCGCCCAAUGCCCUGCCCUAUGGAGUAUGGGGUCCUCCGCCGCCGUACAGUGAUCCCAACAGCCCGGCCAGGCGGGGAUACUACCAGUAUUUACAGCCCACGGCGUGUCUGGUGGGUCAACCCGGCACUGCCUCGGUCACAAUAACCCAGGAGCAGGUUCAUCCCAACAUGCAACACUCGCACAUUGUACAUCCGCAUCCGCAGCAACAGCAGCAGAUGCAGCAGCAACUGCAACAACUGCAGCGUCUUCAGGGGCAGUCGGCGACGUUGGAGCGGAUGGACGGGCUAAGCAGCGUGGGCAAUGUCAGCACUUUGGUGGCCGCCACUCGCUCCUCCGCCUACAAGUCCAAGGGAGAGUACGAGAACACCCCAUCGGACAGUGACGGUGGCAAUCCUCGAGAGCGUGAGCGCUGCUCCAACACGCUCCCCACACGGAAGCUAAAGAAACGCCUGGAGGCGGGCACCGGAGCCAAGAGCAUUGGGCCCCAGAGCAAUCCAGGCCAUCAGCGACCCAAUGUCCAGCAGCUGUUUGCCAAGCAGGAGCAGCAGCAGCAGGUAGUGCAGGCCAGUCCUCAGCAGGCGCAGCCCCAGUCCACUGGAGUGGAGAACAAUGGUUACCAGGACUCCAAUGGAGCCAUAGCCAAAGAUCAGGCGGUGGGAGCGGACCCCGCCGAGUCGGAGGUGUACUUCGCCGACGUGAGCAGCUGCUGCAACAUGUCCGUGAAGAACGACAGCUACUACGACAAUGCCCAGCGCCAUCAGGGGCACCACCAGGGCCACCAUCAUCAUCACCAGCACCAGCACAGCAACUGCAGCCACAGCAGCGGGCAGAGCAACGCCAACGAGGACUACCUCGCGCAGCGAUUCGGUCGGGGUAGGGAGCACUCUGUCAGGAGCCGAUUGCCAAUUCCGCAGACGAGACGAGAGGAUGACUAUGAGAGCUCCAACCUGAACAUGCCCACGCUGAAGGAGCAACAGCAGCAGGCGCAGCAGCUGCAGAAGGAGAUCUCACGCCAGAGCAUGUGCUCCGUGGAGUCGGAGGCCAAGACGGAGUUCACCGACCUAUCACCCUCAACGCCCUGUGGCGGCAACCUUCCUCUGCCACCGCCAGCGAACUUUGCCAGCGAUCCGCCCACGACGACGGGUCAGCAGUCGCCCAGCUUCGUGGCCUCGUUUCCAUACUCCUCGGAAUCGCAAUGCCUGGAGGCGCAUCGCCGCUCCACAAAGAACAUCCAUGAGCUGCUGAUAGGCGGCGGAGGAACCUCCGCGACUGCCGGCGGUAACGACUCGCACUACGAGGUAAUCAACGACCGGGGCAAUCCCUACCAGCUGCAGCGCUCGCAGCAGGCCAAGCACAAGGCCAAGUCCAAGACGCGUUCCCGUGAGCAGCUGGACAUCUAUGGAAGUGGAGCGGAGCGAUCUGACUGGUCAUCGGACGGGGGUCGGAUGUGAGGCCCCGACGACCAGGAAGUGUUUGUCUAGCAGCGGUUUCACCUUCAUCAUAUUCUGUAACGAUGUGGAUCUGUUGGGGUUCAUUAGUGAUGGGAAGGAUACUGUGGUUCUAUUCAGGAAGUGUAUAGAGUUCUAAAUCUAACCGUUUUUAAGAUAUCAAAAUUCGUUCAAAAGUCAGACAAGUUCCAGAUCAGUUAAAUCUGGACUCUUCCCAUCAUAGAUCGACCUCCAGACCCUCAUGUUGUUCAGUAUCGUCGCAUUUGUAAUGUUUGCCAUCCAAGAAAGGAACUCUAAUUCUACGUAUUAUCCCUAGCCCCAUAUCCUACCUACACUAUCCCGUCGACAGAGGUCCUCGGGGCCCCGAACACCUUGCUUUAACUAUAUUUUACGCGAUGUCCUUUUCAUAGUUUACAUAGAACCUAUAUAUACAUAUAUAUUAAUUAACACAUAUGGUAGCAUUGAAUUGAAUGUUGACAACUUGUAGCAAUGAUAAUCUAUGGAUAUUAUAUAUAAAUUAUGUUAUAUUUACCUGCGUAUUUACAUAGUUGCGUAUACACACACCCAUAUACACAUACAAGAAUAUAUGACUAGUUAGUUAAAUGUUAGA